GGGGGAGAGAAGGAGAGGGGGAAGGAGAAGAGGGACGGAGGAGAGAACGGGGGGAUGACAACAAAGGGCAGAAAUAUCACUAAAAAGAAAAAGAAAAACAAAACAAUCAUGUCUCUUAUAAUUUACACCCGGGUUUUUAUACAUCAUCACGGUUACUCGGUUCACCUACACAGUAUGCCGCAAUAAAUGACGAGCCGCCCCGAGAAGUGUAAGCUGGCUUGAAGGAGAUGUCAUCUCCAGGCAUGGGCACCCCAAGUGACCCCCUCCUGGCCAGUCCGGGAGGGCGGUUACCCACAGCUCAGGAAGGGAUCUGGAGGAGCUCACUCCCCAAAACUGCCAGCUUCCCCACGUCCACCACACGCCACCUCAGUCACCGGGCCAACAACUUCCAAAGACAGCCAAAGCGCAGGAAGCUGAUACGGCCUUCCCCACCUCCGCCUCCCAACACACCCUGUCCCCUGGACCAGCUGGACCUCAGUGAGCUUCCCCCGAGACGCACCUUCCAAGAGCUGCUCUUCAACGGCUGCAUCCUGUUUGGUAUUGAGUUCAGCUAUGCCAUGGAGACGGCUUACGUGACUCCCGUGCUCUUACAGAUGGGCCUGCCUGAUCAAUUCUACAGCUUAGUGUGGUUCAUUAGCCCCAUUCUGGGAUUCCUCGUUCAGCCUCUCAUUGGAGCUUGGAGUGAUCGUUGCACAUCCCGGUUUGGGCGAAGGAGACCUUUUAUUUUUGCUUUGGCCAUAGGGGCACUGAUUGGUCUGACCCUCGUGCUGAAUGGACGAGAUAUUGGAGGAGUCCUGGCUGACACAGCAUCAAAUCACAAAUGGGGAAUUGUCCUGACUGUGUGUGGCGUGGUUCUGAUGGACUUCAGCGCUGAUUCAGCUGACAACCCGAGCCAUGCCUACAUGAUGGAUGUGUGCAGCCCAGAAGAUCAAGACCGGGGGCUGAACAUCCACGCAUUGCUGGCAGGGCUGGGUGGCGGGUUUGGAUACAUUGUCGGUGGCAUCAACUGGGACCAGACACAGUUUGGAAAGUCAAUGGGAGGUCAGCUGCGGGUCAUAUACCUGUUUACAAGUGUCACUUUGGUGAUCGCCACAGCCAUGACUCUGAUGAGCAUCCCUGAACGACCCCUGCCACAAAGCCAGCAGAGCAAGAACUCCAGCAAAAACCACCUGAAAAGCCCCAGCCUCCCUCUUCCUCCCUCUCCUCCCGUCCCCCCUGGACUGACCCUGGGUCUGGAUGAGGAAGACGAAGACGGUCUUUACAGCUACAACUUCUCCAAGUCUCACGCUGGUAAUUCAGACCCUCUCGCCCAUUCUUGCAGCGCCAAUGCGCGUCUCUGCGCUGGUCUCACAAGUCCCAUAUCGCCCCUGAGCCCCCUCACUCCAAAGUAUGGCAGCUUCAUAAGUCGAGACAGCUCGCUCACCGGCAUCAACGAGUUCGCCUCCUCAUUAGGAACCUCCUAUAUAGACAGUGUGCUCAUCGACUGCUACACUGGUCAGCAGACGCCACAGGGACUGGCCCCGGGCUCCAAUGCCAUGCCCCUGCCUCCAGGGGACUCGCCUCCUCCUGAGGAGCGCACACAGGAGUCAGGGAGCCAGGCUGCGGGAGGGACCCAGGCCGACGAGGCUCAGGAAGCAGCGGGAGAUGCACAGCCGCACGGCGCGUCUCAGGGCACGGCUGGGGCUCAGGCUGGGGCUCAGGCUGGGGCGGGGCCUCAUCGGGGCUCCGCUGCAGGCAUCCUGAAGAGACCGCAGAGUCUUGCACUGAUGGAGGAGCCGAUGGCAACCCAGAUUGUCGGGCUGGAGAAUGGACGCAGGAGAACGGUGACUUUUAGCCAGCAGGUUGCAAAUAUUUUGCUGAAUGGGGUGCGCUAUGAGAGUGACCUGAGUGAGAAUGUGGAAACAGGAGAAUCCCAAAUGUCGAUGAAGCUGCUGUGUAUAGCCAUCUACAGAAUGCCGCCCUCUCUCCGGAGUUUAUGCACUAAUCAUUUUUUGGGUUGGCUGUCCUUUGAAGGCAUGCUGCUCUUCUACACUGACUUCAUGGGGGAAGUCGUGUUCGAAGGAGACCCCAAAGCCCCCCACGACUCCGAGGCUUACGAGCGGUAUAACGCUGGCGUCAGCAUGGGCUGCUGGGGGAUGUGCAUCUAUGCAUUCAGUGCUGCUUUCUACUCAGCCAUAUUGGAGAAACUGGAGGAGCGUUUCUCCCUUCGCACUCUGUAUUUUUUCGCUUACCUGGCGUUCGGUUUGGGCACAGGCUUGGCGACGCUGUCCACCAACCUCUACGUGGUUCUCUCACUCUGCGUCACCUACGGGGUGCUCUUCUCCUCUUUAUGUACGCUGCCUUACUCUCUGCUGUGUGAAUACUACCAGAGCCCUCAGUUUUGCGGCUCCUCAGAAGAAGGGACCAGGCGAGGCAUGGGGGUGGACAUCUCUCUGCUCAGCUGCCAGUACUUCCUGGCGCAGAUCCUGGUCUCUGUGGCGAUGGGACCCCUGACCUCUCUAGUGGGCGGGGCCCAGGGAGUGAUGUACUUUGCAAGCCUGAUGUCAUUCGUGGGCUGCGUGUACUCCUCCCUCUGCGUGGUGUACCAGCUGCCCCCCGCUGAGGGAAGAGGAGAAGUUGAGACUGGGGUGUGAAUCAGCAUUCAGUCGGAAACCCAACAAAACAGAAGAACAGCAAACAGGGAGAAGACUCAUGUGAACUAUGGGUCAUCCUGGAGGUGGACUACAUUUAAAAAAAAAAAAAGACUGUUUGGAGGGUCACAGAGCCAGCAGCAAGUGCUUGUUGUCAUCAUUAGGGCGCAUGCUUAAGGUAGUUGGCUUCUGCUCAUCAACUCGGUGUAGUGAUUACCUUCUGUUUCUUCGACACAUUCCAGCUUCUGACUGGAAAUCUCAAACCUCAUCCAUCUCUCAUUCGGAAGAAGCCAUCGUCAUCGUCAAAGUGGUACACUCGGUUUGUUUUGUACGUCUGCCGUGCCGUGGCAAACGGCACGCUUUGUCCGUCCAGCCUCGACUCGGGCGACGGGCCUGACUUCAGGGCGCUACCAAGAGGUCAACUUCAGUAUUUCAAUCCUUUCAUUGUGAUGGUUUCACUGACUGAGCACCCCAACAGUCUGGUGCCUCAGCAGAAUGUCAAUGAUGGCCUCCUGGACUGAGCGGAUGCACGCCAUGCUAAUGUUUCUGAGGAAACAGUAACUGUACCAAUCAUGCUGUUGCAGCUUGCUUAAGAAACAAAACACAGUUUGUGUUAUAUUGUACCACCUAUUGCUUAUUAUUAGCAGUGUUACUGUAAAAGCUACUUCAAUUCAGGGUUCAGUUCUAACUAAAAAUGAUCAUUUUGCCA